ACAUCCAUGCAGGGAUUGACAGCAUGGAGUUGAGGCUGAAUCCAGGAAUGUACAACACUCUCCUCUGCAUCGGGAUGGUCUAUUUAGGAGCUGGUGGUUUCCCGUCAGUGGUGGCUCUAGGUGCCAGCAUCAUUUGCAAUAAGAUGCCUGGCCUUGCCCCGCGCCAGCGAGCCCUGUGCCAGAGUCGUCCAGAUGCCAUGAUUGUGAUUGGAGAGGGGGCACAGAUGGGGCUGGAUGAGUGUCAGCAUCAAUUCAGGUACAACCGCUGGAACUGUACUUCACUCGGCGAGAAGACGGUCUUUGGACAUGAGAUGAAAUUAGGUAGCAAAGAGACAGCCUUCGCAUACAGCAUCAUAGCAGCGGGAGUGGCCCACGCGGUCACACAGGCCUGCAGCCAGGGCAACCUGUCUGACUGUGGCUGUGACCGGGCCAAACAUGGCUACUACGACCAAGAGAAGGGCUGGAAGUGGGGUGGCUGCUCGGCUGACAUUGAGCACGGCAUCACCUUCUCCAGGCGCUUCCUCAAUGCCCGCGAGGUGAAGCGGCAUGCCCGAAGGCUCAUGAACCUGCACAACAAUGAGGUGGGAAGGAAGGUUUUAAAGGACAGCAUGAGAAUGGAGUGCAAGUGUCACGGGGUAUCGGGAUCAUGCACCAUCAAGACCUGUUGGGUGACCCUGCCUGCUUUCCGGGAGGUGGGCUUCGCCCUGAAGGACAAGUAUGGGCAGGCAGUGCAGGUGGAGCCUGUGCUGGCAGGCCGAGGGCACCAGCCCACCUUCCUGAAGGUCCUUAAGACACCCCACCUCAAACCACUGCCCACCGAUCUGGUCUACAUUGAGCGCUCGCCUGACUACUGUGAGGAGAGCCCAGCAGCGGGCAGCGUGGGUACCCAGGGACGCCGAUGUGAGCGCACCGGCCCAGGGAAGCCAGGCAGCUGUGAGGUCCUGUGCUGCGGCCGUGGAUACAGCACCUUCCAGUACACCCGAACCUGGCAGUGCAACUGCAAGUUCCACUGGUGCUGUCAGGUCACGUGUAGCCAAUGCAGUGAGAGGACUCAUGCCUAUACAUGCAACUAAGGGUCAAGUACUGCCCAGAGCAAUGGGAUCUUUCUGCUCCCAAGGAACCAUGGUACGGUUGCCGGACCCUUAUAAUUUCAUCCCGCCUUGAGCUGACAACCUCCCUUCUGGGCUAAGCACCGCCUUGCAAUGAGGCUUCA